AUGUUGAGGACCUCUUUUAGCCAAUUGGCCCGUCGCGCCUACUCCAAAUCCGCCGAAUCGCUCACCAUUGGAUUGAUUCCAGGUGAUGGUAUCGGGAAAGAAGUUAUCCCAGCUGGAAAGCUAGUUCUGGAAAAUUUAUCCAGCAAACAUGGUCUCAAGUUCAACUUUGUCAAUCUGCAGGCUGGAUGGCAGACGUUCUUGGACACCGGUAAGGCUCUUCCUGAUGAGACCAUGAGAGUGCUCAAAGAGGAAUGUAACGGUGCUCUUUUUGGUGCGGUUCAAUCGCCCACCAAUAAAGUCGAGGGCUACUCUUCGCCCAUCGUGGCCCUCAGAAAACAGCUCGGUCUGUACGCCAACGUUCGUCCUGUGAAGUCUGUUGAGGGCACUAACGACAAGCCUGUGGAUAUGAUCAUCGUCAGAGAAAACACAGAAGAUCUAUAUAUCAAAACCGAAAGAUCCUACAUCGAUGAGAAGACCGGUACCAGAGUAGCUGAAGCUAUCAAGAGAAUUUCUGAGACUGCUACCAGGAAUAUUGCCAACAUCGCUUUGGAGAUUGCUUUGCAGCGGUACAAGACUAAUGGAAAAGCUACUCUGACCGUCACUCACAAAUCUAAUGUUCUAUCACAGAGUGACGGUUUGUUCAGAGAAGUCUGCAGAGAGGUUUACGAGUCCAACAAGGAGAAGUUCGGCGUCGUAAACUACAAUGAGCAGAUCGUAGACUCUAUGGUCUACAGAAUGUUCAGAGAACCCGAGUGCUUCGACGUCGUGGUGGCUCCCAACUUGUACGGUGACAUUCUGUCCGAUGGUGCUGCCGCUUUGGUGGGUUCACUUGGCGUAGUUCCCAGCGCCAACGUCGGCUCCAGCUUCGUGGUCGGAGAACCAUGUCAUGGUUCUGCUCCAGAUAUCGCUGGUAAGGGAAUUUCUAAUCCAAUCGCCACAAUCAGAUCCACUGCUUUGUUGCUAGAGUUCAUGGGUCAUCCAGAAGCUGCCCAAGAAAUUAACAAUGCCGUCGAAGCCAACUUGCGUGAACAAGCUAUCAAGACCCCAGACUUGGGUGGCAAGUCCACCACGCAGCAAGUGAUCGAUGAUGUUCUAUCUAAGAUGUAA